AUGUCACUAUACGUCAAUGAACAAGAGGUUAUGAGCCCAGGCUCACAGCAGGUCAAGAUCGCUGAAGGUCUUAUUAUUACGGUAUUGACCCAGGACAAUUACACUGUCUGGGCAAACCAAAUGGAGGCCGCCUUCGAAACUCUGGAUCUAUGGGAAUCUCACAUCAUAGGUGAACUUCCAGAAAAGAUCGAGCGCGACUACAAAUUAAAGGAAUUCAAGGCAAGAGGAAUCUUGCAGGCAACAGUGAGCAGUAAAUUCAAGUUUAUGCUCUGUGACAGUAAUGGAAUACAACUUGACGCCAGGAAAAUCUGGGUCGGACUCAAGAACCAUUAUGUUGACUACUGUGAAAGAUCGCUGACGCGAUCAGAGGAAGCCAUGGCAAAUCUGCAGUACGAUCCCAGGAAGGGAGUCGAGGAACUGUACAACACUAUGACGAGUCUACGUCAUAAGAUUGCAGCGGCAAAUAUAUUUUGGGGUGAGAAAGUGUUUGCAUCAAGGGUGAUGGCAAAACUUGUUUCCAAGAGCAGAGAAUGGCGCUAUUUCGAAGGACAUACAGUGCGAUGGACCGACGAAAUGCUAAGCCCCAACAAAUUCCUGUCGGAACUCAUCGAAGAGGAAAUUAAACUCAUCAACAUGGGUGCACUACCGAGGCACGGUGUAGAUGACACCAUAUACGAGGCGAACUAUGCGUCUAGAAAUCAUAGGAACCUACGGAAAGGUUCAACAUCACAUGGGCCAAAUGCACACGGCGCAAAGCAAGGCAAUUCUAGUCGGGAUGACUAUUUUGCAGCAAACCAUGAGAUGGAUACUUAUUAUCUAAUUGCAACAGCUAAUCACGCGUCAGAAGUAUUUAGAAAGCCCACAGACACUGCUGGCUGGCAUAAAAGACUGGGGCAUAUAAAUGUCGAAUCGAUCAAGAACUUGGCCGACAAAUCGGAAGGUCUUGAUAUUAUACCGGGAAAGACCAAAGAGAGGUCUCAGUGCGUGGCAUGUAUCGAAGGCAAGGCCGUUCGACACCCGUUCCCGAAAAGAACAAUGACACUGUACGAAGAGGCACCAUUAUUUACUCAUAGCUACAAUUUACGCGGUGGUGUUACACCGUCUGUACCUAUUGUGAUAGAUAAUGUGGUAAGUCCAAAAACAUCAGAAACUCCAGGAAAUCCAGAUUGUGCGAGUACGCCAAUUGGAGGGGAGUCAGAACCAGGUCGCCGACAAGUACCAAGAGUAGUACCGACUGCAAGGAAUACAGCGAGGAUGACUGUAGCAGAUCGCGGGACCGAGGUCACAACAAGCGAUGAACGCAUAACUCAGGAGGAGUUAUUAGGGCGUGGCAUCAGCAGGAAUAAGGCUAUCAAGACAUCGCUAAAUGAGUCGAGUCUAGCCGGUUAUAGGAAACCGAACCAGAAACCGAGAUCGAAAUCUCAAGGUUCGAGGAAAGCAGUUCAGGAACGUCCAGUUGACGUUAUGAACAGGGACAGAGCCACGAUGGCUGCUCCCACAGAAUCGACGGACCCAGACGGUCAGGAUGGGGUCUAG